AUGGCGACAGCGACUGCUCCGCCGUCGACGAGGUGGAUCGGCAGCCGGAAGCUGUUGAACCGCGGCGUGAGUUCCCUCCGGACAGUGCCGCGACGGGUGGUCGUGCAGGUCAAGGCAGGGGCCUAUUCCGACGAGCUCGUCCAAACCGCCGUGAGUGGCUCGUUGUCUUCUUCCCCCAACUGGAUUCCUGAAUUUUCCUUGUCCAUAUAUAUAUAUAUAUAUAUUUCUUCUUCAUCUUUUGUUACUGAGAAAACUGCAGCCCGAAUUUUGAUCUAUUUUUUCUCGGUUUUCCUUUUGUAUUAAUCGCAUCUCUUAGAACAGGAUUUCUGUCCUGCGAUGUAAACCGUAAUUAAAUAGGUUUUCGUUUUUCUCCUUUUGCAUUUUAACUCGGAAGUGCACAUGUAGUUUCAUGAUCUGAAAAUAUUACAUCAGCCGUUCAACGCACAUGUAGUUUCAUGGUUUUAUCAGUCAAAAUGUCUGCUUGUCGCAGAUCAAGUUCGCCGUUUACCCGUUGUGUUUGGAUCAAUGUGGUAGGCUCUGUUUGUAGCGUUGAUUUUACUUAAUCUGCCGCUUACAACAGUCAAAAUAUUGGGGACCCCCAGAUCGGGAGUUCCUUUGGCUCUGGCUUCGAGAACGAGUGAUUGUCCUUCUCCAACCUUUAAUGGAAAACCGAAGAUCGAACAUGUCUAUAAGGGUUUGCUUCUGCAUGGAGCAUUCAGAUGAAUUCCCUGAGUCUGAAGUUCAAUUCUAUCUUCUGAUCUAGCGUCGACUUUUCCUUGGAACAUUAUUACGUUUAAACUACGUUGCCUUGCCUUGGUUCAACGGAGUCUUGGCUGGACAUUUGUGUUUGGUCUUGAUGUGAUAACAUCUCGUGUGUCGUCCUCAUUGUCGCACUUUGUUGUACGCCUUCAGCUGUACGUUUAAAAGUAUUCUAUAGCCGAUGAGAUUUAUUUUUUUUGACGGUUGACUACGUGUCGCUAUCUCUUAGUUACGUCCAAGGAGACCCUUAGUCUGCGUUUCGAUUGCUACCCUUUUAUAUUGAUUUGUUUCUCAUUUUUUUGGCAAAAUGCAAAAAAAUUGUUUAUUUCCUCACAAUGUUAAGGUGGAUAGCUCUCUGAUUUGUCUAUGGAAUGUAUGAUUAUAGAAAUCUAUUGCAUCUCCUGGGCGUGGCAUUCUUGCCAUUGACGAAUCAAAUGCCACGUGUGGAAAGAGGCUUGCUUCAAUUGGGCUGGAUAACACAGAAGAAAAUCGUCAAGCUUAUAGGCAACUUCUGUUGACAACCCCUGGACUGGGUGAAUACAUUUCUGGUGCUAUUCUAUUUGAGGAAACACUUUAUCAGUCCACAGUAGAUGGAAAGAAAUUUGUGGACUGUCUGUAUGAAGGGAAUAUUAUGCCUGGAAUUAAAGUCGAUAAGGUAAUUCUUCUUGUCAUUUAUGUCAUUUAACCAGUUUAGCAAAAUCCCUCAUACAAACUCACUUAGUAUUUGGGAAAGAUGACAUAUUUCAAACUGGCUUUCUUUUGAAGGGUUUGGUGCCUCUACCAGGAUCAAACAAUGAGUCAUGGUGUCAAGGAUUGGAUGGAUUGGCUUCAAGAUGUGCUGAAUACUACAAGCAAGGUGCACGCUUUGCAAAAUGGUGAGUGCAUAUCAUUUUCAAGCUUUUUUCAUUGCAUGUCUUUUGUUAUGGACUUGUGGGUAUCUAUAAUUUUUGUUCAUUUUGUGUGGAAUUUAUGUAUUCUUUAAUUCUUGUUUCUUUUUCGAGCCUUCAGGCGUACAGUUGUUAGCAUUCCUUGUGGCCCAUCUGCACUGGCUGUAAAGGAAGCUGCAUGGGGCCUUGCUCGUUAUGCUGCUAUUGCUCAGGUACUGAUAAUCUCAUCAUUUGCAUAUUCUGGCACCAAGCGUUCAAGUUACACCGAAGAUAAUUCAAAUUUAGAGUUGUUUCCCAGUUGAAUUCCUUCCAAAAGUCUUGCGAUUUUUAUCUGAAAAACAUAUUUAAUUACAGCUUUUGCAUUUUCUUCAUAAAUACACGCACACUAGGAUUUUUUUCUUAUGUUCUAACUUGUUGUUGUAGAUUUCUCAAGAGCAUCUUUUUCUCAGAUUUUUAUUGUUAAUUAUUAGUGGACUCUGUGGGGUUGCUUCCCUGACCUGCUGUUUGAACCCCACGUUUUUUGCCUGACAGACGUGGUCAGGAAGCUGUGUGAAUAGUGCUAUAGUUCAGAGCUGAGAGGUUUGACAUAUACCCAUUCACAUUAUUCCCAUAUUUUGAGAAGGAGGUGCCUCCUCAUAGAAGGGAACCUGUCUCUCCAUAUACUAGGAGAUCACUCUUAUCACUAGCACCUGUUUCUCCAAAGUAGAUGUGUUUUGAAUUUCCGUAUUGUUGGAUAUUUGCUUCAUAUUGGUUCAUCAUACUUGAGGGGAUGUGCAAGUGGGUGCUUAGCUGAUCGCAAACAAUGUAGAUGGCCAUUGGGGCGCUAAUUACUUCUUUAAUCUCUAAUGUUCUUAUUGGGUUUCGAAGGGAGGGGUAUCUUCACUUAUUGGUAUCCCAGUUGCCACUGGUAACUGGUUUAAGAACACGUUUAUGUAUUAGCCUCUUAGUGGGUAAUAUUGCUUUCUAUGUCUAAAUCCUCAGGUAUGAUGAGGAGAUAGCCAGCGAUCCAUCCCUUGUGAGACUUCCAAGACCUCUUCAAUACGAUUUUAAGGAACCUAGAGCCUUCAACGUGGAGCUCUCUCAAUGGCUGCAUGCCAAAUGUCCCUUCUUUCUAUCCAUCUUCGUCCACUCCUCCCACGAUCUUCUGCUUUUCUGUGCCAUUCUGCUGUCGUAAGAAUUCUAUCAGGAGUUCUUUCAAAUAUUUCUGCUGCUACUUUGGAGAAAUGGACCACAUAAAUAUUUCAAGUGUGAGAGCUUAGGAUUCCUGAAGGAUCCAGGUUAUUGCCCACCUUAGUUUACUUCCGGAGGGUCAAUUACCUAAAUGUAAUUAAUAUUCGUCACAUAGCGCGAUUUUGGGCAAGGACAAUAUUUGCUUCUUGGUUGGACUCUUUCAUGGCCUCUUGAGCAGUGAUUUUUUUUGUUAUUUUCCCUCCAGACCUGAAAAUAACCAUGCUCCAAAGCUAUUUUCUAGUUUUUUUGCCAAAUAUGUUUCCAUAUCGCCCUUCCUUUGAUCCGAAAGGAUCUGCUAAGGAGAAAAUGCUCAAUGUAUGCCGCUUAGAUUUUGAUAUGGCUGUUUUUUCUUUGUUCCUCAGCAUUGAGUUUAUGAAAGAAAGUAUAAUAUAAAUAAUUAUCAUUCCUUUCAUGUAAGCAUCUAAUAGUGAAAUUACUAUGGUGCCUUCGCAUCUUGCCCCCUAUGAAGAAGAGGUAGAAGUUAUCUUUCCCACCAUAAAUUUCUUCCAAUUUUUUUUGUCAUUCGAGGAUGUCAUCCUACUAAAUUGGACCUGCUCUGCUGUUAUCAGACAUCAAAAUCCUACAAACUAAGAAAUUUCCUCAAACUUCAGUGUAGUUGCUUUUUGUGAGCAUAACGCACAUUGACACGCACAAAUAAGUUUUCUUCAGAAUCUUGUGACAUAGAUGAUCCAAGUCGAACUUACUGAUAGUAAAUUGUCAUGGCAUUUGAAGGACAAUGGCCUUGUGCCGAUAGUGGAACCAGAAAUCCUUCUCGACGGAGACCACCCCAUCGAGAGGACUCUGGAGGUGGCUGAAGCUGUGUGGGCUGAGGUGUUCUACUACCUGGCCGAAAACAACGUGAUGUUCGAGGGCAUCCUUCUCAAGCCCAGCAUGGUCACCCCCGGCGCCGAGCAUGAGAAGAGGGCCACCCCAGAGACGAUCGCCAAGCACACCCUCGCCAUGCUGCAGAGGAGAGUGCCCCCUGCCGUCCCCGGGAUCAUGGUACCUCCUACCAACUAUCUCACCUUAACUCUUUCUAUGAUCUAUGGAUUUGAUUUUGGCUAGACAUAGCUGACGGACCCUGGUGGAUAAUAAUGGAAGCAUUAUCCGUAUGAUCUAUGGAAAAUAACGGGGAUAAAUGACCCAUGGUGGGUGCAGUUCUUGUCAGGUGGGCAGUCAGAGAUGGAGGCGACAUUGAACCUGAAUGCGAUGAAUCAAUCUCACAACCCAUGGCACGUCUCAUUCUCCUACGCUCGGGCCCUCCAGAACACGGUCUUGAAGACGUGGAAGGGACGGCCAGAGAACGUUGAGGCGGCACAGAAGGCUCUUCUGGCACGGGCCAAGGCCAAUUCUCUCGCUCAGCUUGGCCGCUACUCAGCGGAGGGUGAGAGUGAUGACGCACAGAAAGGGAUGUUCGUCAAAGGCUACACCUACUGA